AUGACACAUUCAAACGCCCGAGAGGGCGAAUCUUCAACAUCGGCCAAUCCGGCGGGACAAGGACAGCCUGCUAGCGGAAAAUUCGUCCAUCCUUCCGUGGCGAGACCGGCCUCGGGGCUGCUGACCUACAACUCCCCCUCUUCUCGGACCGGCACAUCGCUCGGCCAGCUUCGCCCCUCAUCUGCGGCGCACGACCACACCGAUCCUGCCAGCGUACGAUCUACGGACUCGCAGCGAUAUGGGAGUCCGCGGAGGAAGCGCCAACGGAUCGACGCCGAUCGUUUCAUUCCCGCGCGAUCGGGUCGCGACUUGCAAUCUGGGUUUCACUUGAUUCCCCCACCACCUCGCCCGACCCCGGAGAGGGGUAGGCCGAGGAGUCCGCCUAGGGGAUAUCGCUCUCAGAAGAGUGAAGAAGCCGAUGAGACAUUCAGGGAGCUUUUGCGCGCCGAGAUCUUUGAUGACGCUAGUGUCCCGCAAGUUUCACCGCGAUGGACGCCCGAUGACCGGAUGCGGACGCCACCUAGGAAUACGCCAUCCCUCCCCGCGACCCCUCAGAAGAACCUAUUUUCCUAUGUGUCGCCUCGCCAUCAGCAUCUAAUCGGUCUUUCGACGCCUCGGAAGACGCCCCAGAGAGCGCACAAUCUCAUCCCGGAUCCUCGCCUGGAUACCUACAGCACCACUCCUAUAUCUUACACAAGUCAGCAGAUGCUUCUUGCUCCGAGGCGCCAGCACAGGACGGUGGCCAAGGUCCCGAUCAAGGUCCUGGAUGCUCCGAAUCUCGCCGAGGACUUCUAUCUUAAUCUGAUGGACUGGGGCAGCUCCGACGUUUUGGCUGUUGGCCUCGGCACUGGCGUCUUUAUGUACAACGCACAGAACGGCAAGGUGGCAAAGCUCUGCACACUUGAGGACGACAAGGUUACCAGUGUAUCCUGGAUCCAGAAGGGGACGCAUAUCGCGGUCGGCACCAAGAAGGGCCUGGUCCAGAUCUGGGACGCCCAAAAGUUUAAGAGACUUCGGACCAUGACGGGCCACACCGCGCGCGUCGGUUCCCUUGCAUGGAACGCCCACAUCCUCUCCACCGGCUCCCGCGACCGGUCCAUCCUCCACCGCGACGUCCGGGCACCAGACCAGUGGGUCAAGCAACUGACGGGGCACAAGCAGGAAGUGUGCGGCCUGAAGUGGAACUGCCAGGAUGGCCAGUUAGCCAGCGGCUCCAACGACAACACCGUUCUGGUAUGGGACAAAGUCAUGGACCAGAAACCUCUGUGGACCUUCAACGAGCACAUCGCAGCCGUCAAGGCCCUUGCCUGGUCCCCACACCAGCGCGGCCUGCUCGCCUCGGGCGGCGGCACCGCAGACCGCCGCAUCAUCUUCCACGACACCGUCCGCGGCGCUGUCCGCAACGACAUCGACACGGGGAGCCAAGUCUGCAACCUGAUGUGGUCCAAGAACUCCAACGAGCUCGUCUCUACCCACGGCUACAUCCAGAACAACCUAGUCAUCUGGAAAUACCCCUCCAUGACCCGCGUCGCCAGCCUCACGGGGCAUACCUACCGUGUGCUGUAUCUCGCCAUGAGUCCCGACGGGACCCAGGUCGUCACGGGCGCUGGUGACGAGACGCUACGGUUCUGGGAGGUAUUCAAGCCCAAGCAGCCGAUCAGGCUACUAGGCGGCAGUAUUGACCUACCGGUUAUCCGGUAG